CGCGCUUACGUCGGCGAUCCGUUAAGAUGUAUAAAAGGUUUAUCCGUGUUAAGUCAUCUUCAGUUAAGUGAGCGAACAGCCAUGAGACGGGCUCUGUGCUAUUUUGGAUUAGUCUCCCUGCUCGCCUUUGGCGAUGCUUCAGAGAGGCUACGGCGUAGCGGUGGCUAUGGCGGUGGCGGCGGUGGCGGCGGCGGCGGUGGAUUUGGCUUCGGAGGCGGUGGAGGCGGAGGUUUCGGUUACGGCGGAGGGGGAGGAGGCGGAGGUGGUGGCGGAGGCGGAUUCGGGGGCGGCCUAGGAGGUGGACUCGGCGGCGGCCUAGGAGGCGGCCUCGGCGGAGCAAUAGGUGGUGGCCUCGAUGGCAUUCGCAAAGGAGUUCACGAUAUCAUCGGCAAAGUUCACUCCGGAUUAUCGCAUGUAGCCGGUGGCGUUGGAGGAGGCGUUGGAGGCGGUAUUGGAGCUGGCGGUGGCCUGGGAGGCGGAGCCGGUGGUGGACUAGGAGGUGGUGCUGGCCAUGGCGCUGGUCUUGGAGGCGGUGCUGGUGGUGGACUUGGCGGCGGUGCUGGAGGAGGCACCGGAUUUGGAGGAAAAGAUGAGAAAGUUAUAUACACGAAGUCCGAUGAUGGAAAAUCUGGAGGAUUUGCUUUUACUGGCACUCUUGAUGGCGGAAAAGGUGGCUACGGUGGCGGUGGAGGAUACAGCGGCAGCAGUGGUGGCAGUGGCGGCUAUGGCGGUGGUGCUGGAUUCGGAGGAGGAGCUGGCGGAGGCACCAGUGGAGGUUCCGGUAGUAGCGGAGGAAGUGGAUCCGGGAACUUAGCAGGAGGACAUGGAGGUGCAUUAGGCGGAAAUGGAGGGGGUUCUGGCUUUGGAGGAGGAAGUGGAGGCAGUGGAGGCUUCGGAAGUGGAAAUGGAAAUGGCGGUGGUUUUGGGGCUAGCACAGGAGGUUCUGGCGGCCUAGGAGGAGGAUACGGUGGUGGAGCUGGCGCAGGCGGUGGUCUUGGAGGGGGAAGCGGUGGCCACACUGGUAGCGGCGUGAGUGGUAAUAGUGGAUUUGGAUCAGGUGGUGCAGGAAGCAAAGGAAACUACGGAGGAAGUGGUAAUGGAGGCUUCGGGGGCGGUCUCGGUGGAGGCAGUGGCCUCGGAGGUGGUGCUGGACUUGGCGGAGGGGCUGGGCUUGGAGGUGGAAGCGGAUUAGGAGGCGGCGCCGGUUCUGGAAACGGCGGUGCAAGUGGAUUUGGAGGUACCGGAGGAAAAGGUGGAUACGGAGGAAGCGGAAGUAGUAGUCUUGGAGGUGGAUUUGGAGGCGGUGCUGGGCUCGGAGGUGGAAGUGGAUUAGGAGGUGGUUCCGGUUCAGGAAACGGCGGAUCAAGUGGAUUUGGAGGUUCCGGAGGAAAAGGUGGAUACGGAGGAAGCGGAAGUGGUAGUCUUGGAGCUGGACUUGGAGGCGGUGCUGGGUUUGGAGGCAGCGCUGGCCUCGGAGGUGGAAGUGGAUUAGGAGGCGGUUCCGGUUCCGGAAACGGUGGAUCAAGUGGAUUUGGAGGUUCCGCAGGAAAAGGUGGAUACGGAGGAAGCGGAAGUGGUAGUCUUGGAGGUGGAUUUGGCGGCGGUGCUGGUCUUGGUGGAGGCAGCGGACACGGAGGCGGAGGUGGAUUCGGUGGCAGCUCUGUUACCGGUUCAAACUCUGGAAGCUCCGGUGGUUUCGGAGGCUCGGGUGGCAAAGGUGGCUACGGAGGAAAUAGUGGCCUCGGUGGAGGAUUCGGAGGUGGUGCUGGUUUGGGCGGACAUGGAAAUGGUUUUGGAGGUUCGGGAUCUGGAUCAAGUUCUGGAGGAGCCGGUGGCUUCGGAAGCUCAGGAGGAAAUGGAAAUGGUGUCGGUAAUGGGUUUGGAGGUGGUGCCGGCACCGGUGGAGGCGGAGGACAUGGGGGCGGCCUUGGAGGUGGUGGCGGCCUAGGUUCCGGACUCGGAGGUAGUCUCGGUGGAGGUCACGCUGGAGGCCUAGGAGGAGGACUUGGCGGAGGUUUAGGGGGAGGACUUGGAGGAGCCCUAAGCGGGGGACUGGGCGGCGGUUUGGGCGGAGGACUCGGUGGUGGUCAUGGUCUUGGGGGAAAUGCAUUGAGUUCAGGCAGUGCCAGCGCUGGUGGAUAUGGCACCAAGGGCGGCUGUGGCUCAGGUACUUGCGGCGGUGGGUACGGAGCCCACAGUCACAGUGGGGCCUUCGCUUCCGCCAGUGCUCAUGCAUCGGCAUCGGCCAGUGCCAGCAGUUACGGAUAAAUCUUAUGCUAAAUAUCUAUACAACGUAGUUCCAAAGUAUAUGAUUAUUACGUGUUGAAUUGGCAAGUCUAGUAGUUAUGAUGUAUUCAUGUAAUCAACAAUUUAGGUAUACUUAGGUACUCUGGCGUUUUGUCAUUUUACUUGAUAAUUACUCUGUGAUGAUAGUUAUUAAAUGUAUAAUUCUAGCUUUGAAUAAAUAUUUUUUUAAUUA